ACGCACGCACCUAAUUUCAGUCUGUGUGUCGAGUGGUUGGUUAUGGUUGUUGGGUCACAAGACUAGUAAUAGGAAAUAAAUUAUUUUAUUAUUGUUUAAAUCGAGUAGUGCUACUAUUAUUGCGUGUCUCUCCAUAAAACCCUUCAUAACCAUGGUGUCAUUGAUACCAGAUGUUUGUUUGUGAAUGACGAGUCAAAGUGCAAAACAACUAAUGAAUGAUGCAGUCUAUUUUCUGGACAGGCAGAGUGCUAUCACGUGCUAUAAGGAAUGGGAUUUCAAACCUAUCCAGCUCUGCUGAAUUAAACGUUUCUAGUAAGAAACACCCAUAUUUAGUAUCAGUAGUGUGUGGUUUCCCCAAAGACAUUGUCAAUGGAAGAACUCGUAAAGGGCAAUUUGGGGACGACGCAUGGUUCUCUACCCAGUUCAACAAUGCGGACGUUAUUGGAGUGGCAGACGGUGUGGGGGGAUGGCGUGCUUACGGAAUUGAUCCCGGGGAAUUCUCCUCCUAUUUAAUGAAGACAUGCGAGAGACUGGUCCAAAUGGGCCAUUUUAAGUUGUCUGAGCCUGCUGACCUCCUAGCCAAGUCAUAUUAUGAGCUACUUGAACACAAGAAGCCUAUACUAGGCAGCAGCACAGCUUGUGUAAUGAUCCUGGACAGGACUGAGAGUGUGAUGCGCGCGGCCAACAUCGGCGACAGCGGCUACAUGGUGGUGCGCGGCGGCCGCGUCGUGCAUCGCUCACAUGAGCAGCAGCACUACUUCAACACACCCUACCAGCUCAGCCUGCCGCCACCAGGCCACGACAGGAACGUGCUCAGUGACAGCCCAGAGUCAGCGGACACAUCAGAAUUCGCCGUCGAAUGCGGCGACGUGAUCCUCGUCGCCACCGACGGCGUGUUCGACAACGUGCCCGAGCCAGUGCUGCUCGCCGAGAUGCGACGGGCGAAAACACUCGCUGGCGACUCGCCGCGUCUGCAGGCUGUGGCUAACUCUAUCGCGUGGAUGGCCAGGAAUCUGUCCUUUGACGGCUGCUACAUGUCGCCCUUCGCUAAGAGCGCUAGGCAGAAUGGAAUUGAUGCUAUCGGGGGCAAACCAGACGACAUAACGGUGCUACUGGCGAUCGUAGCCCUAUGAAAAUGUCCUCAUUCGAUUUAGGCACUUAUUCUUUUCUAAACAUAUUACGAAAUUAGUAGGUAUAUAGUUAUUUAAACAACGACACCAAAAAUUCAACAUUUUUCUAAACUUGUAACGUAUUUGUGCAGGCAUGUCUAUUCAGCAUUAUAGGGUGGAUUUCCGUGUGGUUUCAAGGCUUGGAUGAACCUAAAACCAUCUAAAGCAAACACGAGAGGGAAAAAUUAUAACUCAUAAGAUCUCAAAAUAACUAAUGUCUUAUUCUAUCACAAUUUAUCCCCACUUGUCAUGCUUUUACAGUAACUGCUGAUGUGCCGUCGGAAAAAUUCCAAAAUGGCGAUAUUUCCACAUGGAAAACUUUCGAAAACUUCUCAUAAUUUUGUAUGAGGAAUGUAACUUUCCAUUUCCGAAAUGGAAACUUUCGGUAUCUCUAUGAAAUUUUCGAGAACUUCCAACUUUUUAGAAAGUUUCUGCAAAUUUCACAUCUGUAACUGUAACAUUUAUUGAUGAUGUUGACCAAGCAGUUGAACUACUCUUUAAUCCCCCGAUUAGGUAAAAUUUAGAAGUGAAAAAAUAAAAUUUAGAAGUGUCUUGUAUUUGAAUAUUCCGUAGAAAAUUGCUGAACCGGCUCACGCCGAGACAUGUUCUUCUUGAUGACUAUGUAAAAUUUCGUUGACUCUACUUAAACAAUGACAGCCUUGAACACUAGUCACAUUAUGGUGAUAUUGAGUUGUGUGUGUAAGGAACUGUCAUUUUCUUUGAUCGCUAAAGAAAAUUGAUUGUUUCAUCUUGUGUGCUUGAAACAAGCAAUGCAGUGUGGCGGGUAAUGAUAACAAUGUUGUCGAGAUUCUUCACCACUUUUUAUAAUUUGUUUAUUUUGAUUAUUGUCUUUGAUGCCUGUGAUAGCGCAUCGUGACGUGGGAAACGAUAGCACUGAAUCAUGAGUGAAUGUGUGAAUGUUUGAAUGAAGACUGAGAUAGUUUUACGAUCCUUGUUAUUACUGUAGAAUUUAAAGGUUAGCCAUCAACCGAACACAGCUAUCGGUUCUGUUUUUUUACUUUAUAUGUUUAGUACUGUGUAAAUUAAGUAUUACCAGAGUCCUAAUUUCUGAUUAUAAUUAACUCGGAUGCAAACGAAACAAGUUGCAUUUGUAAAUAUUUUCAAAUUUUGCUAAAGAAUUUCUCGACAUCAUUAACUAUGUGAACUGUGAAAAUGUUUUUUUCUUGAUAUGGAGUUAUAUGAAUGUUUAUGUACAGGUUAAUUGGUCAAUACAAGUAACUAGUAACAAUUUGAGGGGACACCGAUAAUAAGCUUCUAAUGUUAUCAAUUGUUGCUAUUUAAUUCAUUCGUGUACAUGUGACAUCAAUUGUAAAACCAUUUUAAUUUCAUACUCGUUUUUACACAAAUCCAUUUGAAAUGUUCAUUCCGAAUAAUCCGAAUGUGUGAAAAAAUAAAAUACUGUAAAUUUAAAA